AGGAGCUGAGAGUCGCUGCACACCGAGAGAGCGAGGAGAGCGACUGGCUAGAGAAAGACAAUCGGGAUCACCCAAGGAGAGUCUGCACCUUACAAAAGCGGAGAGAGAAUGAGGAGCAGGAGCAUUUCUGUCUCGUUUUCUGUGCAGCUAAACGCGUGAAAGCUGAAGAAACUGGAUUUUUUUCACCCUUCAGAAAGAAGACAGCUGACGGGACAUUGCUUUCUGAAACCCCGUUUUUUUUUUCUCAGUUUUCUCCAACUUUACGUUUCCAAACCCGCGGCUGUAACACACCCUGCAAAGGACGGUUUUAAAACGUAUUAUUAUCAAUAGUUUCCUGCUAGUGCAAAAAGGCAAACAUUCUCUGCCUGUUUAUAAACAACCUAUCAAUGUGUUUCUUCUAAUGGGUUCAUUUACAAGAAGGAUGAACGAUCAAAUGACAAUGUCUGCGGAAUUGUGAACGCCGGGGGUUGCUUUACUCGACUUUAUUGUUAGAAUUAUCUUUGCGAACAUUCAUAGCUUUAAACACGCCUGGUCUCCUCUUUUGUUCCUAUUUCAAAUCCCCACUAUCAGAGCUUAUAUGAGUGCAGCUUUCAGUCCGUCGCUGAUGAUGAUGCAGCGCCCUUUGGGAAGCACUACAGCCUUCAGCAUUGACUCCCUGAUUGGAGGUCCGCCGCAGCCAAGCCCGGGACACUUUGUGUACACUGGCUACCCCAUGUUUAUGCCAUACAGGCCGGUGGUCCUGCCGCCGCCACCUCCUCCGCCUCCGACCUUGCCCCAGUCCGCGCUGCAGCCGGGUCUCCCCCCGACGCACCCUCACCACCAGAUACCCAGUUUGCCCAGCAGCUUCUGUUCGAGCCUGGCGCAGGGCAUGGCUCUCACCUCCACGCUCAUGGCCACCCUGCCUGGCGGCUUCUCCUCCUCCCCGCAACAUCAGGAGGCGGCGAGGAAGUUUGGCUCCCAGUCCCUGCAGGCUGUCUUUGACAAGACGGAGGACGUUCGGCCGGAUGGGGACGAAGGCAAGACGUUUCUGGGCAAAGAUAACGCGGUGCUGCCGCCGUUCCAAGCCUCCGAACCUCUGCAGUCAUCCAUAGCCAGAGCACAGAGCAAAGACGAUACGAAAGAAGACGAUUCCAACCGAAAGGACGAGAGUUUUUCAAUGGACAGUGACUUAGACUACAGCUCGGACGAGAAUGCCGCCAGUCAGACUCUGUGCCAAAAGGACGACGGAGAUCCUACUGGACUGGAGGAGAGCGGUCACGGGUCAAACGGCACCAACAGCACCACAUCCACUGGUAAAAACAGGCGGCGGCGGACAGCUUUUACCAGCGAACAGUUACUGGAACUGGAGAAAGAAUUUCACUGCAAGAAAUACCUGUCACUCACGGAGCGCUCACAGAUCGCCCAUGCCCUCAAACUGAGCGAGGUCCAGGUCAAGAUCUGGUUCCAGAACAGGAGGGCCAAGUGGAAGCGCGUUAAGGCCGGUAACGUCAACUCCAAGACUGGCGAACCUUCCAGGAAUCCCAAAAUAGUGGUCCCCAUUCCUGUUCACGUCAGUCGGUUUGCAAUAAGGAGUCAGCACCAACAGCUGGAGCAAGCGAGACCCUGAUCCACCCUUUCUCCUGUAGGACUGUGUUAAAAAGGACCAGAUGGCGAAUUAGGUUAAAUACAAAGAAAUGUAAAAAAUAUUUAAAACAAUGAGGCAUUAUUAAACUAAAAUAAUUAAAGAAAAUAUCAAGCAGUUUUGGAAAUAGAUAUCCUCACGAUGUCGGUAGCUAUAUUUGAAGAGCUUGUUCAUUUUAUGUAUUAAAAAAAUCUUUAUUAUAACCGUUUUUUUCUGAUAAAGAUUCCCAAAAAUAAAAAUUAAAGGAAAUAUUUCAAGUUAUUUAUUAACGAUCUCUCUGUACAUACAUAUAGCCUAUAUUAAGGAAGAGCUGUGACAGUAUUCCGAGACCAGAAACAGAAUCAUUUUCUCAGUCUUCAGAGUAAUAACCAAUCUGUUGUGCAUUCCUUAAAACCCAAGGAAAGAUUGAGCAGAUGUAUUUUAUCUUUUUUUGUGGUUUUCUUUACUGUUCUUAUGUGCUGCUUAAGUAGUGGAUUAAGAGUGUAUUUCUGUAGGCGUCCAAAAAAUGUGUAGUCAAAAAUCUGACUACCUUUGCUGACCAUUAAGAUUCAUGAAUUCGUUAAAAGCGGGAGGAAAACCGAAAAUCAGUUAGAGUGCGCCCACUGAAACACACUCUGCCAGGUGUUGAGGUUGUCUCUUUCUCUUCUUAGUUCUGAUUAAUGCCACGUAUUUUUUGUUUGCUUGACAAUUUGUACAUUAAAAUUAUUUGCAUAUGAAGAUUUUUUAAGACAAGGCACGGUAUUAAUUUAUUUCAUAUUGUGCAACAAUGUAUCUAAUUUCUCAUAUAAUUUAAGAAGCUUUCAACCAGUCUUGUGUGGAUUAAAAUGAU